CGAGCGGCAGUCGCUGGCCGGGCCGGGCUGGAGGGAGGGACGGGGAGAGCCGCUCAGCCCUGGAGCCUCCAGCGCAGUGGGGGACGCCGCAUCGGACACUAGUCGCCGCCGAUACAGCCUCCCUCCUCCUCGGGACCGAAGACCCGCGAGUGAGCCUCCUUGGGUGUGGGAGUGGACAGGCCAAGCUGGAGGGUGAGGAGCGGGGAGGAGGCCCCCUGUUCCCGCCGCGCCUCCCUUGAGGGUUUCCGGUGAGAGGGGCGCCCCCGUUCCCGCCGCUCGGCUGUCGGGGAAGGAAAGUCCUGGCCCCCAGCCGGGCUGCUUGUAACUUCUCAACUGUCUCUACCUCUUCUCGUUUUUGUUAUCCGGCUCGCGGGGGAGGGAGGGGGGGGUGAACGUGUGGUUGGCGGCGCGGUUGUGGGCUCUGUUCUUUUCAAGGGGAGCGGGGCCGGUUCCGUAAUCCCGGGAGACAUCUCUGUAGCCCCCAUGGCUUCUGAAGCGUCCCUGCCCCCACCGGCCUUCUACAAAAUCUCCGCUUAACAGGAAUUAUAAAUACACGAGAGAAGAUUUGGGAAGCUCAAGGACGGGAAAGACUAACGGGAGAAGAAAGAAAGGACUACCUCCCGGCUCCUUCGGUGAAAGAGCUAUCCCUUCAACGUUACUUCAGUCAGUGUUCUUUUUAAGUAAUGCCGUCCUGAACCGACGGGAGGUUUUUAUACCGUGGCCUGUUGCUUGUGGGCGCUUCUCCCAAACGAACUCCUGAAAGACCUGUGAGCCAGGAUUGGAAAGCUGCAAGCUUGUCGUUUGUAUCCAUUCUUCCACUCUGGGUAGCUUGCCUAUCUGAUGCACCUUUUCUCGACAUGGUAAUGUACUGCCUUGUGUAAAUUUCUGGGCUGGAGACUUUAUUAAUGAAUGGACAUCAUAGUCAAGCUGGAUGGCUGCUCUGCUGUUUGAAAGGUUUUUGGAACUCAUCAUGGGAAGUUACUGAAAACAGCUGAUAUUGCUGGAAAGACCUCUUUGUUUCAUCAAAAAAAAUGAUGUGUGAGGUGAUGCCAACUAUCAGUGAGGCAGAGAUUCCUUCAGGGGGAGGCGGAAGCCAUGGCUCAGGCUCCCCCCUACAAUCGGAUACUGAUUCCCAUUUUGAGCAGUUAAUGGUGUCCAUGUUGGAGGAACGAGACCGCCUACUGGACACACUGCGAGAGACUCAAGAGACGCUAACAUUGACACAGGGUAAACUGCAUGAAGUUGGUCAUGAAAGAGACUCUUUACAACGACAGCUAAAUACUGCUCUUCCCCAGGAGUUUGCAGCGCUUACUAAAGAGCUGAAUGUAUGCAGAGAACAGCUCCUUGAAAGAGAAGAAGAAAUUGCUGAACUGAAAGCAGAAAGAAACAAUACAAGGCUGCUUCUAGAACAUUUGGAAUGUCUUGUAUCCCGACAUGAGCGGUCUCUUAGAAUGACAGUUGUAAAAAGGCAGGCUCAAUCUCCAGCAGGAGUUUCUAGUGAAGUUGAAGUUUUGAAAGCACUGAAGUCCCUAUUUGAACAUCAUAAAGCCCUUGAUGAAAAGGUAAGGGAAAGAUUACGAGUAGCACUUGAAAGAUGUAGCUUGUUGGAAGAAGAACUAGGCACUACACACAAGGAGUUAAUGAUUUUGAAAGAACAAAACAAUCAGAAAAGAACACAGGCUGAUGGGAUGCCUGAUGUUAAUCAUGAUCAAGAAAAUACACCUAGCACUAAUGGUAAGAGAUCCUCCAAUGGCUCUCUAAGUCAUGAUGAAGACCUUGCUAAAGUAAUAGAACUUCAAGAUAUCAUCGAGAAACAAACUAAGGAGCAAGCUCAGAUGAAAGAACGUAUCACUGCCCUUUCUAACAGAGUAGCAGAACUGGAAGAAGAUCUUGACACUGCUAGAAAAGAUUUAAUAAAAUCUGAAGAAAUGAAUACAAAGCUGCAAAGAGAUGUACGAGAGGCCAUGGCUCAAAAGGAAGAUAUGGAAGAGCGUAUCACAACCCUUGAAAAACGCUACCUCGCUGCACAACGUGAAGCUACAUCUGUACAUGACCUCAAUGAUAAACUUGAAAAUGAAAUUGCUAAUAAAGAUUCUCUGCACCGGCAGAGUGAGGAUAAGAAUAGGCAGUUGCAAGAACGACUGGAACUAGCUGAGCAAAAAUUGCAGCAGACUUUAAGAAAAGCUGAAACUCUGCCAGAGGUGGAGGCUGAACUGGCUCAGAGAGUUGCAGCACUUACUAAGGCUGAAGAAAGGCAUGGUAACAUUGAAGAACGAUUGAGGCAGAUGGAAGCACAGCUAGAGGAAAAGAACCAGGAAUUGCUAAGGGCUCGACAAAGAGAGAAAAUGAAUGAGGAACAUAAUAAACGUUUAUCUGAUACUGUUGACAAACUUCUAUCUGAAUCUAAUGAGAGACUUCAACUUCAUCUUAAAGAAAGAAUGGCUGCUCUGGAAGAUAAAAAUGCUCUUCUUCGUGAAGUUGAUAAUGUUAAGAAGCAAAUCGAGGAGCUCCAAAAUGAGAAGGAUCAACUAGUAUUAAACAUUGAAGCACUGAGGGUGGAAAACGAUCAGAUGAGGAUCAGGGGCUCUUCCCUUCAUCAGAGUCGGUCAAAUUUGGGCAGCAUACCAGAUUUUAGGUACCCACUAGCACCAGCAUCCAUUGUUGACAGCCAGACAGAUUCUUACAGCACCUCCGUAUUAAGACGUCCACAGAAAGGACGUUUGGCAGCUCUGCGAGAUGAACCUUCAAAGCAUGUUCAGACUCUUAAUGAACAAGACUGGGAGCGUGCUCAACAAGCAAGUGUGUUGGCAAAUGUUGCGCAAGCCUUUGAGAGUGAUGUUGACAUCUCUGAUGGUGAAGAUGACCAAGAAACAAUAUUCAGUUCAGUUGAUCUCUUAUCGCCUAGUGGUCAGGCAGAUGCCCAGACAUUAGCCAUGAUGCUUCAGGAACAGCUGGAUGCCAUCAACAAAGAAAUUAGACUGAUACAAGAAGAAAAGGAAAACACUGAACAGCGAGCAGAAGAAAUUGAAAGCCGAGUAGGUAGUGGGAGUUUAGACAAUCUUGGUCAGUUUCGAUCCAUGAGCUCUCUUCCUCCUCCAUUUACUGGCGGUUCCCUUUCUGGCUCUUCUCCACCUGGCAGUGGCCGCUCUACACCUCGACGAAUGCCACACAGUCCUGCUCGGGAAGUAGAUAGACUAGGUAUCAUGACACUACCUAGUGAUUUAAGGAAGCAUCGUAGAAAGUCUCCAGUUUCGAGAGAUGAAGUUAGAGAUGACAAAGCCACAAUAAAGUGUGAAACGUCACCACCCUCUUCACCUCGAUCUCUGCAUUUGGAUAGGGCCUAUAAAGGAGCCUUGCAUACAGUUAGCCAUGAAGAUAUAAGAGAUCUCAGAAAUUCUACAGGUUCCCAAGAUGGACAAGUAAGCAAUCCCAGCAGCAGCAAUAGUAGCCAAGAUUCCCUUCACAAAGCACCCAAAAAGAAGGGAAUCAAGUCCUCAAUUGGGCGUCUGUUUGGUAAAAAAGAAAAAGGCCGCCCUGGACAAAUCAGCAAAGAGAGCUUGAGUCAAGUUAAUGUAAUGGAAGCAGACAAUUCAACUCAGGAUGGCCUGGGACUUGGCAAGCUGGGAGGACAAGCAGAAAAAAAUAGAAAACUACAAAAAAAGCAUGAGCUGCUUGAGGAAGCCAGGAGACAAGGGCUGCCUUUUGCUCAAUGGGAUGGCCCCACUGUGGUUGUCUGGUUAGAAUUAUGGGUUGGGAUGCCCGCCUGGUAUGUAGCUGCUUGCCGUGCAAAUGUAAAAAGUGGUGCUAUUAUGUCAGCCUUAUCUGAUACUGAAAUACAGCGUGAAAUUGGAAUCAGCAAUCCUCUUCAUAGGCUAAAGCUGCGACUUGCCAUUCAAGAAAUCAUGUCGCUAACCAGUCCAUCUGCUCCUCCUACAUCAAGAACGACCACAGGAAAUGUCUGGGUAACACACGAAGAAAUGGAAAAUCUUACAUCUACGCCACAAACGGAAGAUGAGGAAGGAAGCUGGGCUCAGACCUUAGCCUAUGGCGAUAUGAACCAUGAGUGGAUUGGCAACGAAUGGCUUCCCAGCUUAGGACUGCCCCAGUAUCGCAGUUACUUCAUGGAAUGCCUUGUUGAUGCAAGAAUGCUCGAUCACUUAACUAAAAAAGAUCUUCGUGGUCAACUUAAAAUGGUUGACAGUUUUCACAGAAAUAGUUUCCAGUGUGGCAUUAUGUGUCUGCGGAGAUUAAAUUAUGACCGAAAAGAACUUGAAAGAAGAAGAGAAGAAAGUCAGAAUGAGGUUAAAGAUGUCCUUGUCUGGAGUAAUGACAGAAUGAUUCAUUGGGUGGUUUUAAUUGGUCUGAAAGAAUAUGCAAAUAAUCUUAUAGAAAGUGGAGUCCAUGGUGCACUUGUGGCCUUAGAUGAAACUUUUGAUCACAAUGCAUUAGCUCUCGCAUUACAAAUACCCACUCAGAAUACACAGGCUCGUGCUGUGUUGGAAAGGGAAUUCAACAACCUUCUUGUUAUGGGCACAGACAGAAGGUUUGAUGAAGAGGAUGAUAAAACCUUUAGACGAGCACCUUCAUGGAGAAAGAAGUUUAGACCAAAGGAUGUAAGAGGUUUAGCUGCUGGAUCAGCAGAGACUCUCCCUGCAAACUUCAGAGUUACAUCCUCCAUGUCUUCACCUUCUAUGCAGCCAAAGAAAAUGCAAAUUGAUGGCAAUGUAUCAGCGACACAAAGACUGGAUUCUGCUACAGUAAGGACUUAUUCAUGUUAAAGCCUUUAAUUGUUUAUCCUCACUAUUUCUACCGAUGAGCUGAAACAUUUUGAACUCCUCAGAGACUGUAUUUUGGAAACAUGAAAUCUUUAAUCUGUUGAUAAUUGUUAAAUCAACACUUUGAAAUAUUUUAUUACAGAGUUUUUAAUUAGCAGAUGAAUUUGUGACUUCUAUAGAAAAAGUAUUUUAGAAUUAAAUGUUUCUUUAUAUUUAUGUAAGCGUAUGUGAGUCUCAUAAUUACUUAACUUUGUUAACAUUCAGUUUAUAAAUCAAAUUAUUGCUGAUUUGUUAAUUUUAGUCUUUUCAACUGAAUGUACUGUAAUGCUUAUAUGUUUAUGCCCCUAUAAGCAAUAUAGGGUUUUUGUAAAUUAUGCAGUUCUUGUAAUUAUCAAUAAUGGUUUUUAAUAAUGAACAUGAAAGUGAAAGGAUUUUACUAUCUUUGUAAAGAUAUCACACGACACCAAGCAGUAUAUAUAUUUUGCCUCUUGGAAAAUGCUAGCUAGCUAGCUCUAAAAUUCCUUUUUUUUUCUCCCAGAAAAGCAGAUCUUUGUUAAAAUAGGCAUGGUAUUCAGUUCUGUUUCUGUUCAUAAACUGUAUCUUUUACCCAUUGCAUACAAUUUUAGUGUGGAUUUAUUUAAGUCUUUUGUUCAUUAUAACUUGCUUUUCAUCAAGUUCUAAAAUGUGGGAAUCAUUAGGAACUACAGAACAUAGGUGAGCUCUAGAGAGCUCCUUUAUAACUGCUUCUCUCUGCUGUAUUUGUACAGUCUGUGUUCAUUGACUGAGCAUAAGCCAUAAAUGAAAAUAUUUUCUAUUAACCAAGAGGAGCUCCUAAUAGUUAGCAGGCAGCAAGAAGUGCUCUCCUGUAUUUUGGUGUGAAAAUGUUUGCAGAAAGAUAUUGAUGCAAUUCUUCUAAGCGGACCAAUCAUGAUGCACUGCCGUUUCACGACGAAGAUGCUGAUACGCAAUAUGUCUGAAGCACGAAGUGCAACUUCUAAAAGCCUUACUUUUUAUGUCAUCUUUUGCAUAUAUUUAUAAACUUGUUAUAAAUUCUGGACACACUUUUAGUUGUUAAUAAUUUUAGCUAUAUCAGUCAAUAUAAGUAGAAAAUGCAUCAUUCAUUUUUACAUAGCACAUGAAGAAGCCAGCAAGGAAUAAGUUCAGAUUGUGGUGCAUUAUUUAUUUGCAAUAAUAUAUACAGCAUAUGUCUCUCUCUGUUUUGUUUUUCGCUCUUUUUAAUUGUACAUCUGAAAGUUGUGUUACUGUUUGUUUUUUUCUAUUAACCUUUUAUGUAUACUUUUGAUUAUGUAACAAAUUAUGUACAGUCUAAAUACUUUGAACUAUUUUUACCACAGUAUUAUUUAUUGCUUUCUCUCAAUAAAGUACUGAAGCAUUUUUCCACUG